AUGCGUCUAUCCAGCUUGUUGGUCUUCUUAUCGUCGUGCUAUUUUUGUUAUUCAUCUAUUGAAAAUAAAUAUAUCCAAGAAGCUACAAAUACUGCUUCAAUUGGUAAACCUGGUCAUGAUUGUCUAUUUGGAGGAAUUUGCUCAGGCGGGGCGAUCUGCAUUGAACUUCAAUGCUACUGUGUCGAUGGCCAACGAGAAAGUAAUGGUGUAUGCGUCGAUUUUUUGAAGAAUGAUGAAAUCAUUCGGGAAACCUCUUCGCCAGUAACUAUUGGACUUGCUGGACGUGCUUGUGGAAUUGGCGGCGUAUGCCGUCCAUCUACAAAAUGCAUUGAUGGUAUCUGCAAAUGUAGUCAAGGAUAUAAUCCAUCAUUUGGUGAAUGUGUAAGAGAUCUUUCAGUUCCGCGAUUCGUACCAAGGCCAUUUGUCCCGUCCAGCCGUUCACUUCCACGUUUCCCAUCUGUUUGA